CUAUCUCUCCAUACAUCAGUUGUGGACAAAACUAGGGGUGAUAGUAGGAGCGGUUUCAGUGUAACCGAACCAUUGGGUCGGUUAGCCAACCGCGAAAAUCAUUCAAAAUUGGCAACCGCAACUGCCAGCGGCUGCCUUAUCGGUUAAAUCUGGACUAAAAUAAACAAUAUACUAAUUUUCUGGGUGUGGAUUUCUCUUCACCAAGAAAGGAGAAGAUGAAGAGGACUCCGCAACUAGAUCUCAUCUUUAGGAAUUAGGAGAGAGAUAGAGGAACACGAUGAAGAGGAAGAAGGGAAUCGAGCGAAGGAAGAAGGUGAGGCGGCGAUUAGUUUUCCUUUCUAUGGUUUCAUUUUAUAGGAUUUUUGGGAUGGGAGAAUCGGGAAACAGAUCAGAGGAAGGAAAAGAUCUCUAGUAUAAAUCAUCCCUAGUAUAAAUCCUCUUCAAACCUUCCACCAUACCAGAGUUUCCGUUGGUAAAUCUGAUCCAAGUGCAUUUGUCACUCCGACUAGAGUAAGCAUAAGAUCUCUGAUGUGAUGUAGUAACAAUGGAGCCUGGAUGUCAACAAGUCCUCCCUUGUGAAAUGGGACGUGUGCAAAGCGUCAAAAGAUAAUGGUGGCCUUGGAAUUUUUGACCUUAAGUGCUUCAAUAAGGCUCUCCUUUCUAAAUGGCUUUGCGAUUCAUCACAAACACUGGCAGUUGGUGGCAAUCCCUCAUAUCAUGCAAAUACAAGCAUAAAUAUUCUUCCUGGACCACCUCCAUAAUCAAGAAUGGUUGCGGCGAUGCUCCUUGGGUUGGAAUUUCCAAAGAAUAUAGCUCAUUCUGCAAAUUCCCUCACCUUGAUCGAGGAAAUGGCAACAAUACUUCCUUCUGGUUUGAUUAUUGGGCCCCAUCAAUUGUUCUCGCUAACUCCUUCCCAUGAGUCAUUGUCACCGCCACUAUCCCUGAAGCUCGUGUCUUUGAUGUUUCCAACACCUCUGCAUCGUCCCCCCAAAGGUAGAAGGAGGAAACGUGGAUCAUCUCUUCGUUGAAUGCGACUGCUCCAAGAGCAUUUGGAAUUCCAUCAAGAGGAGAUGCAACCAUAUCACACAACCAAGUAGGAACAUCACUGAUACCAUUCGAGACUGGCCUUCAAGCAUUCCUGACUUCGAACGAUGAUUAUGCUACUGUAUUCUCCAUUCCAAGUGCUGGCAUCUCUGGCUUGAAUAAAAUCAGUGCACUUUA